AUGGCGCCCUCUUCUUCGUCUUCGACAACGAAGACAAGAAGGAGAUCUUCGAAGGAUAGGUCGCCGUCUUCCCCCUCGAGUAGUGCCCGCAGCGGGUCGACGCACUCCUCCGUUUCGAGAGCUUCCUCUGCCUCCCAGCCGGCGUCGUCAUCCAAGAGCGGAGGGGCGUCAACCUCUCCCCCAGUGUCGCGCACUUCCUCCGCUCAUUCGCGAUCUUCUCGCUCAGCCUCUGGAUCUUCGCGAUCUCGAUCGUCUUCACGGCCUCUGUCCUCUCGCUCUUCGCGAUCUUCGCGUUCCCCAUCGUCUUCGCGCUCCCCGUCGUCUUCACGGUCUUCGCGCUCCCCUUCGUCUUCAAGGUCUUCACGCUCCCCGUCGUCUUCACGGUCUUCGCGCUCCCCGUCGUCUUCAAGGUCUUCGCGCUCCCCGUCGUCUUCACGGUCUUCGCGCUCCCCGGCGUCGCGAUCUUCACGGUCCUCCUCGUCCUGUUCGCGAUCGCAUUCUUCUUCGCGGUCGCGUCCUUCCUCGCGGUCGCGUUCUUCGUCUCGCUCGUCGCGCAGCAGCCGCUCCAGCAGCCGGUCGUCCCGCUCCAAGGCUGCAGCGCGGGCGGCACCUGCGCCGCCCGCGACGAUCACGAUUGUCGAGCCAGUGCCAAAGGAGCCCGAGAUCUCCGACGCGUACUCAGACCACUCCUCAGACGACGGCUCCCGCUCGCCGUCGACGGAAAAACUGAGCGCCAGCGACGAAUUCUGGGCGAAACAGGCGGCUGCGUGGGUGAACUUCAAGAGCGCAGUCGCGCAGCCUGCGCCCGUCGCGCCCAUCGCCCCGGUCGCGCCCGCGGUUCCCAACGCCCCACCGGCUGUGGCGAGCUUCCCAAAUUUCUUCGGCGCGCAGACGAGUCAAGUGGCGAGUCGCGGCUUCGGGUUCAGCGCCCCGUCGCCGACCUCUUCCAACGUUGCGGGGCCCGCGCUCCUACGCGGCGUCGUGCCAGGCCUCUGCGUGCCUCCAGGCGGCAGCCCUGUGGCGGCGCAAAACGACGUAAACGGCUUCUCAGGCCCUGCGAAGGGCGCCGGAGACUCGCCAGACAAACUGACAAAUGGAAGCGUGCCUCCGCCGCCCGCCGGCAUCCCGCAGUGGCUGCGCGACGCAGUCCGCGAGGCGGGAAAGAAGGCUGAAGCAGGUGGCGAGAGACGCGACGGCGGCGAAGAGGACGACGACAAGGAUAACUCAGGCGCGCUGCUGACUCCGUCGGCGCCGUCGGAGGUGGGGAACGACCCAGACGCCGAGGACAUGGACGCGUCGCCUUCCAAGGCGGCGCCCGCUCUCCCUGCGUUUCCGUGUUCUUCGGCGCUCGGGGGCGGUCUGCCGGCGGCCGCUGCGCCUUCAGCGGCUCCCGCAAUCCCCCUGGAGACACAGGUGAAGCAGGCAGUGACGGAGAUCCUCUCGGCUGUCACCGACGACGUCAUUCGCGAAGUGGCUCGUGAGGCGAUCAGCAACUACCGCCGCAAGCAGCGCAUCACCGGGAAGACCUCGAUCGGCCUGAAGCUGCUCGUGGGCGGCUGCAGCGGAGGCACCGCCGGCAGGCUCGCCGACUCGUCGGGCUCCGCGACCGCGGCUGGCGAGGGCAGAGGCGCCGCACACCGGAAGACCGCCAACUCGCCCGCUGGCUCACGCGCCGACGCGAAGGACGGAAAGUCCCACAAGACCGACAAGAAGUCAACGACCGGCGUAAAAGCCGAGAAAAUGGCGGCCGCAGACAAGGAGAAGCCGAAGGCUGCCGAGUCGGACGAGGAGAGCGAUUCCAUGGAGAAAGACGAUGACCGGCUCUUCAACACACAACCUACUGCCGGACCCUACCGGCCGCCGGCGAUUGCGACUCCUCCGCCAGCCGGUCUCUUCGAAGUCCGCGUCUACGAACACGGCCGCGAGAUUGGUCGCUUGCCCUUCGACGCCUCUCACUUUGUUUGGGGCAGCAGCGGAAAACAAGCGAAUGUCCUCGAUCGCCACUCCUCGAUCGCGAGCCAGCACUGCAGCGUCUUCUUCGCGGUCAAGCAGCUCCAUCAGCAGGGCGGCUGCUUCUUCUUCUGUCCGCUGGCUGGCGAGGCGCUCCUGCUGCCCAACGCCAAGGUGCCGUUCCUGCCAGGCAGCAAGAAGGAGGACCAGAAGAACAAGUCCCGCAGACGCGACGACGAGGACGACUUCGCAGACUGGAAACCCAAGGAAGGCGAGGGCGUCCACCUGAAGCCCGGCGACGAACGCGUGGCGCUCGUGGACAACAGGAGCUGCUUCAUGCUGGGUGACUCUCCGUCCCGCGUCUACUUCAUCGACGUGGCGGACUUGCCCGCGAAGCUGAAGAAAGCAGAGCGGAAGGACAAACAAGAAAAACGGAAGUCCGAACGCGGACGAAGUCGCAGCAGAUCCCACAGUUGCGGACUUGGACGCCGUCGCUCUUCUCAUCGGCGGCCCUCGCGGAGCUCGAGCUGCGGCUCGUCGUCGUCGGGCUCGCAUAGCCGCGGGAGCAGCGAGGCGUCCUCGAGAAGUGUGAGCGGCCGCUCGGCGCACAGUCGCUCUUCGCGGUCUCGUUCGGCGUCGUUUGUCUCGUCGUCCGCGCGCGGCGGGCGGUCAACGAGCUUCGUCUCCGUGGAGUCUUCGCGCUCGCCUUCGCGAGCCAAAAGCCGAAGCAGCCGAAAAAGUAUGAGCGCAGCGUGGUCUGUCGCGUCGAAGUGCGCGCAGAGCCAGAAGAAGGGCAGCAGCAGGUCCCCUACCAGCGCAUCUUCGCGCGCCUCGAGCGCGGAGGCUAGAGAGCGCGCGGGAAAUCAGCUGGCGGCUGGACGGCGCGUCGCGAACAGCGCGCCUGCGAAAUGCAAGCGCCGCAGACAGGACAGCAAGGCGAAGGACGACAAGGCGCGGGAAGAGAGAGACGCCCGCAAGAAGAAGGAACGCCGCUCGCGCAGCGGGAGCCGAAGCCAGGGCUCUUCCAGCCGGUCGCAGUCGCCGCGGAGCUCCCGCGGAUCUGACUCCUCGCGGAGCCCAUCGGCGAGCCGCAGCAGGAGCCCGAGUGAAGACCGGGAAGACGAGAAAGCGAGAAAGAAAAAGAAAUCCGGCAGCAGGGGGGGGCGGGCGAGAGCGACGCGAAGAUAA